GGGAAACAUGAGAACGUGUAGUAACGGAUUAUCAAGCGAUGAUCCCUACUUCUUGGUUAAUUUCAUCAUGAGCAAUUAUCUAGGUCCUGAUGUGUUUUCUGAUAACCCAAGAUGCUCAGCUUCUCAAAGAUUAUCCAAAAACUUGCCUCCUUACACACCAAAACACAUUGGCGCAUCCUCUCUAACUCUUGCUCAGCUACAGAACUUGUACUAUUAUGUACUCAGAAACGCCAACUCCACCCUCCUUCUUCAUCCUGAUAUGGUUCUUAUGUAUCUCAAGGGUUAUCUACCUAUGGAGCCUAGUAGGGAGCUUCAUCAGUUCACUCAUUAUUUCCCUACGAAUCUUCACCCGCAGAAAAGGUAUUCCCCGAGUCUCGAGAUUGUCAAGGGCAUUGUUGUUAUUGAGGAUCCUGCUCUAACGUUUAUUAGAAAAGAAGAGCUUCAGAGAUUCAGAUUAUUGUCACGUUUGGAUGACCUUAGGAUAGAUAAGGUUGCGUCUUUGUCUCCUCUACCUGUGAAUGAAAGCAGAGGAAGUGAGCAGGACUGUUUAAGUAAUGGGAAUGUGACACCUAAUGGGCUUGGCAAUAACCAAGUGGUCAAUUCAUCUGAAGAACUUGAAGACAAUAGCAAAAGAAAGAAAGAGGAGGAAGCAGUUGCUACUGAUGCUGUUUGUGUAAUCAGUAAUCAAAUCCCACAAGGACUUUCAGGAGACAUCAUGUCCAAUGGACUUGUCACUAACCAAGAGUGCAACACAUCUGCAGAGCCUCUAGAAACAUGUAAGAGAAAGAAAGAUGAAGAAGAUGCUUCUUGUGGAAUCAUCAGUAAGACACCAGAAAGAUUUCGAGAGACUUACAAGAGAAGACGGUUCAAGAACUCAUCAACAAAGGUAAAUAACGGAGAAACUCUUAUGGACGAAGACAGAACAGAUCAUCAACCCACAAGUCUACCACUUGUAAUUGUUCCUCCUGAGAUGAAGUCAGAACCGGCGGUUGUAACUACAGGAACAAUCAGUAGAGGAACAUCCUUUGGUUCUGUGGACAUUGGUGUCAACGAAGUUGCUUACUUCUUUCAGGUUGCUCUCCCCGGUGUCAGCAAAGAUAACGGUGAGUUCAGCUGUGAGAUUGCAUCAGAUGGAAAGGUUACACUGGAGGGAUCAAUUAAGACAGGACAGAAGACGAUAGAGAGGCAUUCUCGUGUUUUCAAGAUGAUUAACCGGAAGCUGUGUCCCUCUGGACCGUUCAAGCUGUCCUUUAACCUCCCAGGUCCAGUUGAUCCGCGUCUAGUCUCUCCUAACUUCAGAUCAGAUGGUAUCUUCGAGGCUGUUGUCAUCAGACAAAAGCCAGAGGUUCCUUCAAGCUAAUUAACACUAGAAUCUCUGUAAAAAUCUUUUGUUAAUGGGAUACAGAAGCUAGGCCUCAAAUGAAAAAGUUAUCUACUGACAUUAUCUCUCAAUUUUUUUUGACAUGACGCUGUUGCUUUUGCUUGAAUUUUCUAACUAGCCCUCCUCUCACUAUUGAGCCUACAAUGUCUUUAUGUUAAGAUUGUCUGUGUGUUAACUAGCGGA